ACGGAUAUUCCUCGCGCCGGAAGAGAAGAGGUACAUUCCCCAGCCAUCUUGUGGCAGUAUUUAGCGAAUUGUUCGCAACAAGCCUCGUAGAAUCGGAGGUGAAUUCCGCUGAAGGGGCGCGAUCAUGCCCGGGCAUCUACAAGAAAGCUUCGGCUGCGUCGUAACCAAUCGGUUCGACCAGCUAUUGGACGAUGAAUCAGACCCUUUCGAGGUGUUAAAGGCGGCGGAGAAUAAGAAGAAAGAGGCGGCUGCAGCUGGUAUCACCAAGUCUGCAGCCCAAGCCGCCAAGCAGCCCAAGAAGGAGUCACAGAAGGACAGGAAGAAUCCGCUCCUUGACAAGAAAGAUGAAACACAGGCUGCAGUACCUCUGAAGAAAGAAGGUAUCAGGCGGGUGGACCGAAGGCCGGACCAGCAGGGCCAACCUGGCUCCCAGCACAAGGCCGGGCAGGGCGAGGGGCGGCCCGCCGGCGAGAGGAGGCCAGACAACAGGAGACCCCCACGUGAGCGCCGCUUCGAUAAACCCAUUGAGGACAAGCCCGACGUCGGAGAGAGAGGAGAGUUCUCUGCAGACAAACCUUUCGUAGACCGGCCCCCCAGAGGGCGUGGCGGCGGCCGAGGUGGGCGUGGUGGACGGGGCCGGGGCAUGGGCCGGGGUGACGGCUUCGACUCCCGUGGCAAAAGGGACUUCGACAGACACAGUGGCGGCGGUGACAAACCUCAGAAAUCCGAGGAGAAGCGUGGCGGGAGUGGCUCUCACAACUGGGGGAACCCCAAGGACGAAACAAGUGGUGAUGCUGAACAGACUGCUGCCCCCGAGGGAACCCCUGAGGGAGUGGAACACCCCCCUGCUGACUCUGAGAACAAGGAGAACGAGGUGGAGGAACCAAAGGAGGAGGGCCCCAAGGAGAUGACCCUGGACGAAUGGAAAGCCAUGCAGGACAAGGAACGCGCCAAAGUGGAGUUCAACAUCCGCAAGCCCAACGAGGGUGCCGACAGCAAGUGGAACAAAGGUUACGUUCUGCACAAGUCCAAGAGCGAAGAUGUCAGUGACGAAAAGCUGAAAGACAGACCAGCUGUGAUUGAUGCUCCGGAGAUUGAAGCAGACACAACCUCUCUGUUCAAGGGCAAUCCUGACGAAGUUGGCCCGGACCACCACUUCCGCAAGCCCGCCAAUGACAUCACAGCCCAGCUGGAGAUCAACUUUGGAGACCUGGGCCGGCGCGGGCGGGGGGGAGCCCGUGGAGGAAGGGGAGGCCGCGGUGCGGGAGGAGGCCGAUCUGAAAAGCCGGGUGGAGUGUCCGUUCCCAACGUUGACGACCCAGAGGCCUUCCCAGCCCUGGCUUAAUACUCUAGCACCACUACCAGCCCGCCCCAUCAGCCCCUCCGGGCAUUAGCCCCGCCCCUCCGGGCCCCUCCUCUACGAGGCUUGCAUGCUUACAACUUCUUCAAGUAUACGAGAAAAAAAAGACUGUCAUCACACCUAAGGACUGAAAUUUUAACCUGUUUUUAAAAUGACAGAUAAAAUACAAAAAAAAGCGGAAAAUGGACAUCUCUUGUUGAACUGAAGCAAAUUAUUGGUAAAAGUUUUGUAUUUAGAGACAUGAUAGCAGGGAUGUUUUCAUACAGUAUGUUUAUUUUCUUCAGAUAUUAUGCAUACUUCAUGGAUAUUUUUUUUGUAUUGCUGCUUGAAAAAAUGCAUUUCAGUGUGUGUGUGUGUGUGUGUGUGUGUGUGUGUGUGUGUGUGUGUGUGUGUGUGUGUGUGUGUGUGUGUGUGUGUGUGUGUGUGUGUGUGUGUGUGUGUGUGUGUGUGUGUGUGUGUGUGUGUGUGUGUGUGUGUGUGUGUGUGUUUUAACCCCGAGGCUUUGGCUGGCUUUUCCUCAUGACUUUAUCUGAAUAUUUUGGGGUCAUCUUAGACAAGCUUUUAUUUUGAAAGGGUGACUUUUAAGUCAUGUAUUACUCUGAUGUUAAACUCAAUACAUUUGAGUACCUUUGUACUAAAUCUUUUACUGUGUUUUAAAAAUGUACCUGUAUUCUAGUGACCCCUUGAGCUUAAUAUUCUUCUGCUUGUCAUGCAGUGAAAGUGAAUUUCCUUUAUUUUCCUGUUGCUCUUAUUUUUCUCGACCAGUGGUUCAUGUCCCUGGUCCUUAACUGCCUGUGUCUUCAGGGCAGCCAGGGUCCAAAUGUAUUUCUAGGCUGGUCCUUGAAGGUCGUCCAGGCUUUACUACUAGUAACCAUAGGACCACUAUACGAAUAUAUUGUAUUUUUUUGCGUGACCAAAUCUUUGUGUGUGUGUGCGUGCAUGCAUGCGAAAUUGAUUGGGUUCACUGUGAACGUGAACAAUAGUUACUUUAAGAACUUAAAGAAUUCCCCUGUCAUCUUCCGGGCACUUGACCACAAGUUCAAAAGCAGCUCUCUUUUGCCUGAAGUAGGUGUUAUUUCUGAGAACAUAGUUGUUUCAUACUAGGGAAGAUGGUCGACUGUGCACAUAUCUUGUUUCCAUCAGCACCAGUACUCUGAAACUUGUUUAUUUUUAUUUUUUUCCCUCGUUGAUCAUCUUUGCUGUUACUGUUCUAUUAUUGUUGUUGUUAUUAUUAUUAUUAUUAUUAUUAUUAUUAUUAUUAUUACUACAGCAGCACUACUGCAUAAUUUGUCUGAAAGAAAUGGUCCGUUCAAUGUGGAGCAAAUCGAGUGCUACAGAAUGUAUGACUGCUAACCUUGCGUAUAGUCAUCUGUGUCUAGCAUUUCCAGUAGAGGAUUUAUUUGACCAAAGUGGGUAUACUUCACACCACCGGAUGGGACAACGGCCCCUAAUAACUGCUGGAGCGGAACUAAUGGAAUGGCAUAAAACACAUGGAAACCAUCAGUUAGAUGUAUUUAAUUCCACUGAUUCCGCUCCAGUCAUUACCAUGAGCCCGUUCUCCUCAAGCUGUCACCAACCUCCUGUGCUUCACACAUUUGGGUUGGGGAAGAGGUACAUUUACGGGGAAUAUUGUAAGUGACUGAAAGCUUUAUAUUACAGUGCUCUGGAAAGACUUGCUGGUAAUGCACUGACACAGGUGACUGGCGCAAGCCUUUUGUAGGACUGUUUGAGCCACUUGACGGUAGACUUCUCUGCAAACAUCCCUGUUCUAAUAAAUUACUUAAGAGGUGUUAAAUGUAUUCUGCCCA